ACGUUUUGCGGCCGUGAGGAUGUGGGGCGUGCUACAGUUGCUCUUAUUCGCCGUGAACCGCAGGUACGCUCCUCUUUGUGAAUUGCAGAAAUCAACCGCAGCAGUGAACGGGAAGCCCUAGACGGAGCCGGAGCCCGACGGAUCAAGAUCCCCGGGCGCCGCUAGGAAGCGUAGCCAGCCGAAAUCUCUUGCCCCUGCCUCGCCACUCUGUCCUGCCCCCCGACGCUGGGAUGCAGAACCCUAGCAGCAAUCACCCUGCCCCGCCCGCGGCGGCGGCGGGGAAAUCCAAGUCCUCGGGGCAGGCCGCGGCAGCGGCCUCGGGCCAGGGCCAUCAGCCCUCCCCGGCCACGCCUGCGGCUGCCAAGUCCAAGUCCUCGGCCGCGGCAGGGGCCUCGGGCCACGGUCACAACUCCUCCCCGGCCACGCCGGCGGCCGGCAAGUCCAAGGCCUCGGCGCAUGCCGCGGCGCCGGGCCAGGCGUCCUCCUCCAACCAACCGCACGCCGUUGGCGGCGCUGACGCAGCCGCAUCAAGCCUUAAGCGCAAGCGCGGCGUCUUCCAGAAGGACCUGCAGCACAUGAUGUAUGGCUUUGGGGACGAUCCAAAUCCACUUCCAGAAACAGUUGCACUUGUGGAGGACAUUGUUGUAGAAUAUGUUACUGACCUCGUCCACAAGGCUCAGAAUGUGGCUUCAAAGAGGGGGAAGCUCUUGACAGAGGAUUUUCUUUACCUUAUCCGAAAGGAUAUGCGGAAACUGCACCGUGCUACCGAGCUACUCUCCAUGAAUGAAGAGCUCAAGCAAGCAAGGAAAGCUUUUGAUGUGAAUGAAGAAACACUAGUAGUAACCAAUGAGUGAUAUAUGCGUCCUUGAGCAGCAUCAGAGACUACCAUGUUAUCUGCAAUAUUCCACUAACUGGUCAGACGAUGCAUAAGCUCACUGACAUCCAUUUGUAUGCGGAGUACUAUUACAAUGUGACACAUGUGCUAAGCAAUCCAAACUAUUAAAAAAAAAGAGUUUGUUUUCUGUCAA